AUGUCCAAAGAUUUCAGUCUUGUCAAGUACAAGAAGGGCGAAAGUAACUUUGAAGUACUUGUUAAGCCUAACACCGUGAUUGCCUACCGAGAAGGAAAACAUAAAGUGGAUGAUGUCUUGUACUCGGAUGAGAUUUUUGCAAAUUAUGCAAAAGGAGAUAAGGUCAAAGAAGAGUCGUUAAAGUCUGUGUUUGGUACAACCAAUACUCGGGAAGUUAUUUUGAAGAUUUUAACGGAUGGAGAAUACCACAUGUCGACUCAGGAGCGUAAAGAGAAGGUGGAACAAAAGAGAAGACAAAUCAUUCACUUUAUUCAUCAAAAUUAUAUUGAUCCAAAGACUAAUGUCUGUCACCCCGUAACCAGAAUCGAGAGUGCUUUAGAUUCGAUCAAAUAUAAUAUUGAUCCAUUCAUGCCUGCUGACAAGCAAGUUGCUGCUAUUCACUCAAAAUUGGUGGAGAAAAUUCCUCUUAAAAAGUCUCAAAUCGAAGCUGAAGUUGUUGUCAAGCAUUCACUUGCUGGCCAAGUUAUUGGAGUAUGCCACAAGCAUGCCAAAGUAAUUGGUCAAGACCACGGUGAUGAAGGUUGCACUGUCACAAUUGAAAUAUCUCCUGGUGAUUAUGACAAAUUAAUUAAUGAUUUGAACAGCACUACCAAGGGAGAUUUUAACUUUAGAAUUGCAGGUGCCGCUGCCACUGUUGAAAAUGUUGGAAGUAGCUCAGAUGACAAGAAGAAGAAAAAGAAGAAGUAA